UAUUCAUUCUUGACCUCCUUGUCAUGCUUUUGAAAGUAAAAUAAGCUGAUGCAAAUCCACUGUAAACACUAGUCAAGACAUAUACCUGUGCAGUGAUAUCAGUAAGAUAAUUGGCCUACAUAUUUGGUAUACAACUAAAAUUCUCAAUAAGGCUAAAAUAAAUUAUUCAUGUGUUGCAGAUUCCUGGCUACUGGCGAUUCGUUCCGGACGAUAGCCACCAGCUUCCGGGUCGGGGCCUCCACCGUGGCUUCCAUCGUGUCCGAUGGGGUGACGGCUAUAUGGGACUGCCUGGUGGAGGAGUUCAUGGCUGUGCCCACUACCGAGGACUGGAGGGUGAUUGCGCAGCAGUUCGAGGAGCAGUGGAACUUCCCUCUCUGUUGCGUUGCCAUCGAUGGGAAGCAUGUUGUUCUGAAGGCCCCUGCGAACUCCGGUUCGCAGUUCUUCAACUACAAGGGAACAUUUUCCAUUGUUCUCUUGGCAGUUGUCGACGCAGACAAGUGCUUCCGCAUCAUCGAUGUGGGGGGCUAUGGGAGAACCAGUGAUCGAGGAAUUCUGGCCAACUCGGUGUUUGGUCAGGCCCUCCGAGCUGGCGAUCUCAAGCUCCCUGCUGACGAGUACCGUCAGCGGCUGCGCAGAGAGGACCUCUGCCUCAUGUGUUUGUAG